AUGGAAGCAGGAGGUGUCAGCGCAGAUGCCAUAAUGCAGGUCCGGCGCCUCACCGCGGCUACCAGACGCCCCUUCAUCUGGGAAGAGUUCCCCCACGCGCGCCACCUCAAGCGCAAGAUCAUCAUGCACGUCGGCCCAACCAACAGCGGCAAGACGCACAACGCCCUCCGCGCGCUCGCAGCCGCCAAGCUCGGCAUCUACGCCGGUCCCCUCCGCCUCCUCGCGUACGAGAUCUGGGAGCGCCUGAACCUUGGCCAGAUCGUACCCGCCGGCAUGCUUGAGCCCCCUCCGCGCCGACCAGGGCAAGUCGCCGCCGAGGAGCUCGCGGACUCGGCCCUCGACUUCGGCACCGAGCGCCCCGCGGCGCGGAGGGACAUCAACCCGCAGUACGCGCGGCAGUGCAACAUGGUCACCGGCGAGGAGCACAAGAUCAUCGACCCGUACGCGCGGCUGUCGUCCGUGACCAUUGAGAUGCUCAGCUUCCAAUCGUCAUACGACGUUGCGGUUGUGGACGAGAUUCAGAUGAUUGCGGACGACCAGCGCGGGUGUGCGUGGACGAAUGCGGUGCUGGGACUGGCGGCGAAGGAGCUCCAUCUCUGCGGUGAAGACACGGCUAUCCCUCUCGUGCAAGAGCUCAUUGCGCAGACUGGCGACGAACUCGUCAUCAAUAGAUAUGAACGUCUGACGCCCUUGGAGGUCGAGAAGGAGAGCCUGAAGGGCGACUUCUCCAAGAUUCGCAAGGGUGAUUGUGUUGUCUGCUUCAGUCGUCAAAAGAUCUUCCAAGUCAAGGAAGAGAUUGAGAAGGCCACGGGGCUUCGCUGCGCGGUUGUUUAUGGUGGUCUUCCACCAGAAGUUCGGAGUGAACAGGCUACUCUGUUCAACGAUCCGGACAGCGGGUACGACGUCUUGGUAGGCAGUGAUGCCAUCGGCAUGGGUCUCAACCUGAAGAUUGGCCGUGUUGUCUUCUCUACAUGCCAGAAGCACGAUGGUCGAAAGCAAGUCGCGCUCAGCCUCUCGCAAACGAAGCAGAUUGCAGGUCGUGCAGGUCGCUAUGGCCUGCACGGUGGCGACAAGCCCGUCGGAUAUGUGACCACUCUCAGGGAAGACGACAUGGAACACGUCCGUCAGGCCCUCGCCGCGGAGAAUCAGCCACUGCAGCGUGCUGGUCUGAACGCUCGGAACGAGCUCUACUCUGCCGUGCGCGCAGCGCUUCCACGAGGCUCGAAGUUCGAUCUCUGGCUGGACGCGCUGCAAUACACGUCCACCAUCCCGUCCCGGCUGCGCUACACGGACCAGGAGCAAAUCCGCCGUCUCAUGGCCGAUGUCAUCGACAUGGAGGGCACCGACACGAUGCGCCUCGUCGACAUCACGACCUUCGUGGCAGCGCCUAUCGGCUGGCGGGACGCGGAGCAGGCGACGAUCGCCCGUCGCCUGCUCAUGCUGCGCGAGAAGCACAUGCGCGUCGACCUCCAGCUCCUGCUGCGCGAUACGGGGCUUCUCAUCACGCUCACGGACGUCGAGCGGCGGAUGAAGCGGGGGAAGCAGGGCGGCGCGGCAGCCGAGAGCAUGCUCAUGCAGCUCGAACGGCUGCACAAGAUCCUGAGCGCGUAUGUCUGGCUGGGUCUGAGGCAGCCGGUGCAGUUUUGCUCGGCGGGCGAGGCGGAGCAGCUCAAGCACCGGGUGGAGGCAGCGAUGGAAUGGGUGCUGCAUGCGUUGACGUGGAAGGGGUCGGAGGUGGCGGAUCGGGCGCGUGAGGUGCUGGAUCGGCGACCUGUGAAGCAGCUCUCGUACGAGCCUCAUAAGAUGGUGAGGGCGUUCAGGGAAGGGCUCGGAGCUCCUGCGUCGAUGAAGGGAGGGAGGCCCGAAAGGAGGGCAUGA